UAAGGGUUGUGGUAGUGGUUAAACUUUGAAUUUGAUGACUAGCUGAAAAGAUGGAAAGCGACCAGUUAUAGUAUUAUAGUGCAAGUGUGAGCUUGCAAAUUGGAGAUGGUGAUUUCAUUUGCUUCUACUUCUUUUCUACUCAACUAAGUACUAAAACCAAAAAUUGAUUAAGAGAAUGAGAAUAUUAGUAUAACAAUGAAAAAAAAGGUGGUGUGCGUUACAGGAGCAAGUGGAUUCAUAGGUUCAUGUCUCGUUCAGCUCCUGCUCAAUCGUGGCUACACUGUUCAUGCUACUGUUCAAAACCUCAAUGAAAAGAAGGAAACAGAACAUCUAAUGGCACUUGAAAGAAUAGAUGAAGAGAGGUUGAAGCUAUUUGAAAUGGAUCUACUUAACUACCCAUCUAUUUUAGCUGUUGUCAAGGGUACUCAUGGUGUAUUCCAUGUAGCUUCUCCUAAUAUCAUUACCCAAGUUGAACACCCUGAGAAGGAGUUGUUGGAGCCAGCAAUAGAAGGAACCAUAAAUGUAAUAACGGCAGCAGAGGAGGCUGGUAUUGAACGGGUGGUGGUGACCUCCUCGAGCGCAGCUAUCAUUCCCAGCCCCUGUUGGCCAGCUGAUGUGCCCAAAUCUGAAGCCUGCUGGACUGACGAGGACUACUGUAGGAGUAAAGGGUUAUGGUAUCCAGUGUCAAAAUUGUGUGCCGAGAAAGCCGCUUGGAAAGUAGCCGGAGAGAAAGGAAUUGAACUGGUGGUUGUCAAUCCGGCAGCUGUCUUAGGCCCUGUUCUUCCGCCUGUUUUAAGUGCAAGCAUGGCCGUAAUGCUUGGCCUCCUUCAAGGAAGCACCGAAACGUAUCAAGACAUGUAUAUGGGAUGCGUACAUGUUAAAGAUGUAGCCAUGGCACAUAUAUUGCUGUAUGAGAACAAAUCGGCAGCAGGACGACACUUGUGCUGUAAAGAUAUCUCUCAUUUCAGUGAUUUAGCUGCUAAGGUUGCUCAGCUUUAUCCACAAUAUAAUGUCCCUAGGUUCCCAAAAGACACACAACCUGGAUUGCUAAGAAAACAAAAUGCAGGGAAGAAGCUAAUGGACUUGGGUUUGCAGUUUACUCCAAUAGAGGAGAUCAUCAAGGAUUCUAUUGAAAGUUUAAUUAAAGGAGGAUAUAUAUCUUCAUCUGGAAAUUAUGAACUUCCAAAAUCUAGUAAGAGUGCCCAAUAAAUUCUUGAGAACCUCCCUAAUUAUUAUUUUCAUGUUCUAAUUAUUUGUAAGCCUGGCACGGUGGCACCCCCCAUAUCCAUAUGAAGAUCUUGAUGAUGUCAAUAAUGUAAAGUGAAUGAGAUGCUUCAUCAGGCUUAUGUAAUGUGAUCAAAUGUUAGAAUUAAUUUGAUGUACGUAUAAUUUGGUAUAUACCUCAUCCUACAAAAUUACCCUUUUUAUAAAGGAAAAGUUUAUUUGUCAA